CUGCCGGACUCAUUUUGAUGACGUGACAACAUGGCUACCGUCGUAAUUUGACAGCGGAACAACAAAUGCUCUUACAAUGAGCUCAUUAGUGACAUAAACAUUUUAAGCCCGACUUGUUUUUUGUUCAUGAGUUGAAACCGUCCUCUACCCUGCGACACCCGAACGGCCCGUUUGUUUCGCGGACUAAACGGCUCUUGGACAGACGCCGCCAUGUCGUUCCUGGUGGACUCGGUCAUCAUGUUCACCUCACAGGUGCUGUUCUUCGGAUUUGGCUGGUUAUUCUUUAUGCGGCAGCUGUUUAAAGAUUAUGAGGUGCGACAGUAUAUCGUCCAGGUGGUUUUCUCUAUCACUUUUGCUUUUUCAUGUACCAUGUUUGAGCUCAUCAUCUUUGAGAUCCUGGGUGCCUUAAGUAGCAACUCUAGGUAUUUCCACUGGAAGCUGAAUCUGUAUGUGAUUCUGCUGGUCUUAAUCUUUGUGGUGCCUUUCUACAUCGGAUACUUUGUUGUCAGCAACAUACGCCUGCUGCAGAGACAGAAGCUUCUGUUUGCUUGUAUGGUGUGGUUCACCUUCAUGUAUUUCUUCUGGAAGUUGGGAGACCCAUUCCCCAUCCUGAGUCCAAAACAUGGCAUCCUGUCCAUUGAGCAGCUCAUCAGUCGUGUUGGUGUGAUCGGAGUCACCCUCAUGGCUUUGUUGUCUGGGUUUGGUGCGGUCAACUGUCCCUACACCUACAUGUCCUAUUUCCUCAGGAAUGUCACAGACAGUGACAUCCUUGCUCUGGAGAGGCGGCUGCUCCAGACUAUGGACAUGAUUGUCAGCAAGAAGAAACGAAUUGCCAUGACACGGAGGCAGAUGUACCAGCGUGGGGAAGACCAGAACAAACAGACGGGAUUCUGGGGCAUGAUCAAGAGUGUCACCUCUCCACAAACAGGCAGUGAAAACCUAUCUCUGAUCCAGCAGGAGGUUGAUGCUCUGGAGGAGCUGAGUCGGCAGCUCUUUCUUGAGACUGUGGAUCUGCAAGCCACGAAGGAGCGAAUUGAGUACUCAACGACAUUCCAGGGGAAAUACUUCAAUUUCCUUGGCUACUUCUUUUCCAUCUAUUGUGUUUGGAAAAUCUUCAUGGCCACAAUAAACAUUGUGUUUGAUCGAGUUGGAAAGACGGAUCCAGUGACGAGGGGUAUUGAAAUUACAGUGAACUACUUGGGCAUCCAGUUUGAUGUGAAGUUUUGGUCCCAACAUAUCUCUUUCAUCUUGGUGGGGAUAAUCAUCGUUACAUCCAUCCGGGGCUUACUCAUCACCCUCACAAAGUUCUUCUACGCAAUAUCAAGCAGCAAGUCCUCUAAUGUCAUCGUGCUUGUCCUCGCUCAGAUCAUGGGGAUGUAUUUUGUAUCAUCCGUAUUACUGAUGCGUAUGAGCAUGCCGCUGGAGUACCGCACCAUCGUGACGGAGGUUCUGGGAGAGCUGCAGUUCAACUUCUACCACCGUUGGUUUGACGUCAUCUUCCUGGUCAGCGCCUUGUCCAGCAUCCUCUUUCUUUAUCUCGCCCACAAGCAGGCACCAGAGAAACAAAUGGCCCUCUAAUCUCCUACAUAUCCCCCCCCCCCCCUCACACCUGGAUUUGACUACUGACCCAUGGGUGACUUUGAAUCUGGAAUUUAGAGAUAUCCAUAAAUCAGUUUUUUUAUAUUUUUAUUUUUGGGAGACGAUUAUCUCGAAUGCUUCUUCCUGAAUCAGGAAUGGCUGAUUGUUUGAUGCAAGCGAUGGGGAACUGUUGGAGCACAACAACAAAACUUGGAAAGUGGACUUUCUAGAAUUAAAAUAUUUGCAGAACAGACAUUGCUAUUAGUAAAUACAUUUGACCUGCUUAUGUAAACUCAUUGUUUUGGCCAAAACAAUCUUUUCAUUUCUUUUGUCUGAACACACUGGAGCUGUAAUGUUCACAGCAAAUCUGUGCUUCACUCCUACUGAAGACGAUAUGAGGAAAACGUAGAUGUCAUUCAUGAUCUCCACUAUGAAGAAACAUAUGUCAGUUAAUUGUGAAUAAAAAAACAAAAACUCA